CUGAAAAUCAAUUUUUACAGUUGGAAAUCCCAUUGAAGUACAAUGAAUUUACUGAACUUUAACUCUUUGUUGCAUAUAUUGUAAAAGAGCAUAUUUGCUUUUACAAGUUAGGAGAUAGGCAUAGGUUUCUUCCCAUAGUAGAGCUGACUCAGCUCUGACUAGGGAGGAGCAUUACCUCCUGGUUGUGGAAGGCCAUGUAUGGAAAAGCAUAUUUCACCAAUUUAGCAGUGUAUGCUCCCACCAAUUGUAUAUCAUUACUGACAGCACCCUGCUGAUUGGUUUGCAGACUGAUUUUGCAACAUUGCCCAUGACAGAAAAGGGGGGAAAGGAAAGCAGAUAGGAAGGAUGUAUUGAGGAGGAUGGGAUCUUUGUCAUCCAAGUUUACAUCCUCCUCCCACUCAAAAGCAGUUGGUCGGCCUCAACCCAAUACAAUUGAUUUAUGGAGAUCCACCAAAGCCACCCCCUUUGUCUACUCAAGAAGAGGGUCAAUGUUCUUUGAUGAGGAUGGGGAUAUGGCUCAUGAAUUCUACAUUGAAGAACUGCAUCGAGGACGGAGGAGAGCACACAUGAAAAGAAUCACUGUCAACCUCACUCCCCAAGGUGAAGUGAAGCUACCAAUCCCACGAAUCAAUGUGGAUUUUCCUGUGAUCCUCUUUCAGCCGUAAAUGUCAGUCGAUGCAGCAGAGGGUCUCCAAUAUUCACGUGCAAUAUUUAAAUUUAUAUUAUGACACAGUAUGAAUAUUCAUGUUUCUUCUGUUGCCUUGUUUCUUCCUGGUGUG